GUGUGUUUUUGUCUCUGUGUUUCUCUGUUGGUCUCGUGUCCUUGUCUCAGCCCGUGGAUUUCUCUCGGACUCAGUGUGAGGACGAUGGCGGUGCAAGUGUCUGAGUCUGACCAGAUCAAACAGUUUAAAGAGUUCCUGGGGACGUACAACAAAGUGACAGAAAACUGUUUCAUGGACUGUGUGAAAGACUUCACCACCAGAGACGUGAGAGCGGAGGAGUCGAGCUGCUCGGAGUCGUGUCUGCAGAAAUAUCUGAAGAUGACCCAGAGAAUCUCCAUGAGGUUCCAGGAGUAUCACAUCCAGCAGAACGAGGCUCUGGCGGCAAAGGCGGGGCUCCUGGGGCCGCGCUGAUGUCAUCGGGAGGAGGGCGGGGCUCCUGGGGCCGCGCUGAUGUCAUCGGGAGGAGGGCGGGGCUCCUGGGGCCGCGCUGAUGUCAUCGCUGACCUCAUCGUGUGACCUGAUCAUGUGACCUCUGUACAGUUUCAUGUUUGUGUGAUUUAUUUUUAUUUUUUAUUUUUAUUUUCAUGUGAAUAAAAGUGAAAUCUUCUUGUC